CCCUCAAACCUCCUCCUGAUUCAUUCUUUCUCUUCGGAAAUUCUAUUUUUCUCCUCCUUCUCUUCCUGUUCUUCAAUCGGAUCCCUUUCUUGUUGCGUGUUUUCGUUUUUGAUCUGUGAUUUCUUUCUACUUCUUGCUCCUCCUGUUGCACUUUGACUAUCAUUCAUCCCAGAUCUGGCUUCAUUCUGUGUUUUUUGCUUUUAAAUUGUUUCUUCACUGCUGUCGGUUGUUUCCUCAUCUCAGAUCUUCGGGCCUUUGUUUCCUGAUCUCAGAUAGCUGGUUACGACGUAUUUGCAUGUCGUUUUUUUUUUACUGCAAUUACUUUUGACGACCUGUGUCCUGUAUGCUGAUUUGGUUUUUUUUCUUCCUUAUUUGACAUUCGUUGAGAUUGGAUUGAGAUGUCACUUCCUUUCUGUUCUUUAAAUUUUACUCCUAACAGAUACAUACACGUUUGGAGAUUCUGUUACGGUUGCAUUCAGGGUGAUUUCUGUUCGAUUCUAUAUCGAGAUCUUCGUUUAGAUAGCCAUAAGAAUGAAGUAGAAUUUGCAAGCGAAGUCGUGUUCUUCAAAUCGUCUAGGUUAUAAACUGAAAAAGCCAAAAUGGUAAAGAUCUGCUGCAUUGGUGCUGGAUAUGUUGGAGGGCCUACGAUGGCUGUUAUUGCACUGAAGUGCCCAACCAUUGAAGUGGUUGUUGUGGAUAUCGCUGUGUCUCGGAUCAAUGCCUGGAACAGUGACCAGCUCCCGAUCUACGAGCCAGGUCUUGAUGGAGUCGUGAAGGAGUGCCGAGGCAGGAAUCUCUUCUUCAGCACUGAUGUGGAGAAGCAUGUCUCUGAGGCUGAUAUUGUUUUUGUUUCUGUCAACACUCCCACAAAAACUAGGGGUCUCGGAGCUGGUAAAGCUGCAGAUCUCACAUAUUGGGAGAGUGCUGCUCGUAUGAUAGCCGAUGUAUCCAAAUCUGACAAGAUUGUAGUUGAAAAAUCGACUGUCCCAGUGAAAACUGCUGAGGCAAUUGAAAAAAUCCUUACCCACAACAGCAAAGGAAUAAAAUUCCAAAUUCUCUCGAACCCUGAAUUCCUUGCUGAGGGAACUGCAAUUAAGGAUCUGUUUAACCCGGACCGUGUCCUCAUUGGAGGGAGGGAGACUCCAGAGGGUCAGAAGGCAAUCAAUAAACUGAAGUCUGUUUACGCUCAUUGGGUACCCGAAAAUCGGAUUCUCACUACUAAUCUUUGGUCUGCUGAGCUCUCCAAGCUUGCUGCUAAUGCCUUCUUGGCUCAGAGAAUAUCAUCUGUUAAUGCCAUUUCAGCUCUCUGUGAAGCCACUGGUGCAGAUGUUGCACAGGUAGCCUAUUCCGUUGGCACAGAUUCGAGAAUUGGACCCAAGUUCCUCAACGCCAGUGUCGGUUUUGGUGGGUCUUGCUUCCAGAAGGAUAUCUUAAAUCUGGUGUACAUCUGUGAGUGCAAUGGCCUUCCAGAGGUAGCUGAGUACUGGAAACAGGUGAUCAAGAUCAACGAUUACCAGAAGAACCGUUUUGUUAACAGGGUUGUUGCCUCUAUGUUCAACACGGUUUCGAACAAGAAGAUUGCCAUUCUCGGUUUUGCUUUCAAGAAAGAUACUGGUGACACAAGGGAGACCCCUGCAAUCGAUGUGUGCAAGGGACUCUUGGGAGACAAGGCGCUGUUGAGCAUCUACGAUCCACAAGUCUCCGAGGAUCAGAUCCAGAGGGACCUCACACUCAGCAAGUUCGAAUGGGACCAUCCUACUCAUCUCCAGCCAAUGAGCCCCACAACCGUUAAGCAAGUGAGCGUCGUCUGGGACGCCUAUGAAGCAACAAAAGAAGCUCAUGCAGUCUGCAUCCUAACGGAGUGGGACGAGUUCAAGAACCUGGACUACCAGAGGAUAUACAACAACAUGCAGAAACCUGCAUUCAUCUUCGAUGGGCGAAAUGUGGUUGAUGGAGACAAGCUUCGUGCGAUUGGUUUCAUUGUCUUCUCCAUCGGAAAGCCUCUUGACCAGUGGCUGAAGGACAUGCCCGCGGUGGCUUAGAUUUGCAGGUCGGGAUCCCUUCAAUGGCUUUUCUUCCUCUUCGUAAGGACACAAAACAAGCAGUUGGAUUCUGUUCCCAUAUUGUUAAUGUAUUUUUGUUGGUGUUUUCUUUGAUUCUCAUAUCAUAUCUCUUGCCUGAACUUCUGAAGGUUCGAGACCCCAUUCGUUUUGCCUUCACAAUUGUCCUCGAACCUGUCGGUUAUCUUCCCAUAAAAUUUUUUGUUAGAAAUUUCAUUACAUUUAUAUUUGUUUGUGUUUUAGAUCCCAUAAACCACCAUCAUACAUAUGGAAUGAACCUGUUGUAGAUUCUUCA